UUUGCCGACGUGUACACAUUGCUCGCUAGCAUUGUGUAAAUUUGUAGUUGAAUAAACAAUAGUAGUUAAGUAAAUUAGCAGUGAAUAAUAGCAAUAAUGCCAACGGAAAUUGAGAAUAUAAAUCCAAGCGUCUAUGGCAAGAUUAAGGAGCGCCUGGUGACAGCCAACGAAGAGAACGAAAGCGUUGUCGACCCUUUUGACAAGCGUGAAAUCUUUGAUCUUAUACGAAACAUCAAUGAUCCAGAGCAUCCGCUAACGCUGGAAGAGCUCCACGUUGUACAAGAGGAGCUCAUAAGCAUCAGCGACAAACAGAAUUCAGUGCACAUCAACUUUACGCCCACUAUUCCGCAUUGUUCGAUGGCCACGUUAAUUGGCCUCUCCAUACGAGUGAAGCUUUUGAGAUCUCUGCCUCCACGCUUCAAAGUUACCGUCGAGAUAACGCCGGGCACGCAUGCCUCCGAGUUCGCUGUGAACAAGCAGCUAGCAGAUAAGGAACGGGUAGCUGCGGCACUGGAGAACAAACAUCUGGCCGAAGUCAUUAAUCAAUGUAUUUCGGCCAAGGGGUAACCCAUUU